GUAACUCUCACGGAUUACUUAAGAGCCUGAAGAGCUAAAGAGCUGAAAAGUAUGACAGAAGAAUGAUUAAACGGCGCAGUGAAUCAAGAUGGAAAAAUGGCAGUAGAGGUGGACGAUAAGACGUGGGUUAUUGACUUAGAAACUGCUCUUCUGGAGGACUGUACAGCAGCAUCUAUUUAUAGUAUCUGUAAAGGCAAGAGUGUGCCUGAUUUCCUGAGGGCUGAAGUGUGGCAAAUAUGUCUUCAAGUGCAAGAGAAAGGGAAUCAACUUGUAUUGUUCAAUGAAAUAUUUGACCUUCCUGAGCAGAAUAUUUUACGAGAAGAUUGUCAGCAGUUCGUUGCUAAUCUUGGCAAUGAAGAUGAGGACAAAGUAUCUGUAAUUUCAGACCUGGAAUCAAUUCUUACAUUUUACUGCAAGUCUAAAAGCCUGAAAUAUGAGAAGGGCAAUGGGUGGAUUGAAAUCUUACUUCCUCUUAUUGCACUUAAAUUACCGAGGUCUGAAACAUACAACUUGUUUGAGGCUAUCAAGAACUGCUACAUUCCAAGGUGCUGCAAGAAGAAUGGCACUCCCUUUCACUUGUUCCGGUUAUUAUUGCUAUAUCAUGACCCAGAAUUAUGCUCCUUUCUUGAUACCAAACGGAUAAGUCCAGACCUAUACUGCCUCUCUUGGUUCCAGUCGCUGUUUGCGGCAACAUGUACUUUACCAGUUGUGCAAGCAAUGUGGGACCUGUACUUCCAACAAGCUGACUCAUUCUUUCUUUUCUUCCUUGCUUUGGUUAUGGUUGUUAAUGCAAGGGAGCAGAUCCUGAGCAUGAAGAAUGAGAACAAGCAGAAUAUUGUUGAUACAUUAAGUUCGAUGCCAUGUGCACUGGAAGCCAAUGAUGUUACUGAUUUUUGUUCGUUAGCGCAGUACUAUGCCUUGAAAACACCAGGAUCCUUCCGAAAGGACUUGCUGAAGGUAUUGUAUGGUGAUAGUGACGACUUAACAGAAACUUCAAGUAUCUCACAAGCCCUCUGUCUUCCUGUGUCAGCUGAGGAAUUAGUAGAAAAUGCAGAGUCAACACAGAACUUAGAUAGUAUAGAAUGUGUUCGCUUCUUCCUUGUGGAUUGUCGUCCAGCUGAACAGUAUAAUGCAGGACAUCUACCAACAGCUUUUCAUCUUGAUUGUAACUUGAUGCUUCAGGAACCAGCAGCCUUCUCUACUGCUGUACAAGGUUUGCUGUCAGCUCAGCGACAAGCAUUAGCUGCUCGGUCAGCAGCAGGUGGUGAACAUUUGUGCUUCCUUGGAUCAGGGAGAGUUGAAGAGGAUCAGUACACUCACAUGGUUGUUGCUUCCUUUUUGCAGAAGCACACACACUAUGUUAGCAUGCUCACUGGAGGAUAUCAGGCAAUUCAUGAGAAUUUUGGUGAAGAUGUAGGCAACAGUUUAGAUGAGCAUAAUGCUCAGAGUUGCCUUGUAUGCACCCCUGAUAAUGCAAGUGAAGAUUCAGAAACUUUUCGACCAAAUGCAAGCUCCUCAGAUCUGUUGGGAAAAAUCAGUGCAGCUAUGAAACUUAAAUCAGCUGAGGUUAAGGGAAAGCUUUUCGACUAUAUUGUGAAUCCAACAGGAAGUAAUGCAGUGGAACGACAUGUUAGUAGCGCAGAUAAACUUGGUAAACGUUACCGUAAUAUGGCUCCAGUCUUCAGUAUUGAUGAAGAAGAUGGAGCAGAUGCUGCUGGUCUGGAAAGACCUGAGGAAGAAGAAGAGCAAGAAACAGUAGCCAUAUCAACGUGGUUGAGCAAACCAGAUGUCAUAAAGGCCUUCAAAUGUCAUGAGGUCAAAGUAAAUGGCUAUAUGUAUGAAAGUCAUCUCCUUGUAACAGACAGCCACAUAUAUGUGCUUCGUGACAUCCCAGGUAGGAAGGGUUUUGCACACAUUGUGGUCAGACGUCUUCUCUCAGCAAUUGUCAAAAUAACAUCAAAGAAAAAACAUCCAGAACUCAUCACCUUCAAAUAUGGUGCACCAGAAGGGGAUUCCUUAGUCAUAUCUGACAUGGACAGGGACAAGAGAUUUUCCUGUUUCUCACCAGCAUCCUGAUUGGCUCUCGGGCCCAUCUGAGCCCCUCUCCAAUGGAUGCCAGUGGCUCUUUUCCCAGAGGUUGUGAAGCUGAUAGUCGCCUCUGUCCAGGGCUGAGGUUAAGAAUGUGUGGAGAUAUACCUCCAUUCUCUUAUGUGUCUUUAUCACAUGGAACUUAAUGAAAUACAGGGACAGCUUUAGCCUGCCUUUUAGAUGAGAGUAAGAGCCAUGAUAGCUCAGUCAACAAAAUGGUGGUUGUAAAAUGAUAAAAUGCGUAUAAUUCAUGGCUGUCCUGUUAGGAUAUGUAGUUUGCCUUCAGCAUUGAGGACAACUGUAACAGUAGUCAAGAUAUGUCCAAUUUGAGGUAUAACUUCCUUUUUUAAUUAAAAUUGAUCUUGCUGAAAUUAAUGUAAUUGUUUACUCUGCAGAGACGGAGAUUUUAAAUGGGGCAGAGUGAUGGAAAAAUUGACCAAAGAUUCUCCAUCCCACUGGCCAUCACAUCAGUCUUUUGAAAUACAGUUUUUAUUUCUUUAAAAGGAAGAAAAAGCUCAUACCACUCUCUUGUAUUUACAUAACUUACUCUAGGUGUUACUGAAAAUGGAUGUGUUACAUUGAUGGACUUCUAUCGAAUUAUGCUUGAUUGCAGCCCAGAAGAUUUUACUCUUUAUAGCUACCACUGUGAAAACUUUCAUUCCAGCUUUUUAUGCAUUGUACCUAAUCAUCCCUAAUCACAUUGUGUUCAUCUUAACUAUACUAGCAAUGUAAAAGGCAAAGGGAAAAGUUGUUCCUGAGCUUGAUUAAGCACCACAUCAUGAAGGUGUACCUCGAAGAAAGCAGUCUUCUGGGAUUUGGCACCGUGUAUAUGU